AUGCGGUGUGAUGUGUGGAGUUUUAACCUAUUUCAGAAUGAUGUGUCAUGUUUAAAAGAAAAAGAGCUACUGUUGGACUGCAGAUUAAAGCUUCUUGGUAAUUCUCACAAAGCUCAUCAAUUGGUGCUUGCUGCUGUCAAAAAAUCAGAGGAACAGCUGUACUCCCAGGUUAAGGAGGUAAAUUUGUCUAAUGUUGGAGGAGUUGGGUGUCAUGUAACUUAUGCAGGGCUGAAAGCUGUCGUGAACUUUGCUUACAAUGGAGAAGUGAAUAUGAAUUUUACGGAAGCCAGAAAUCCGGAGGAGGUUCUGACGGCUUGGUGUUUAGGAGUGGAAAGACUCGCAGAGGUGUGCAAGGCUGAGGUUCCAUCCACUGGGAGGGCAGAAAAAGAACAGAGCCUGCAGGUGAUCAGGACACUGUGGGAGAGACAUGUUGGUUGUGAUGUUAUCAUGGAGGUAGAUAGCAGAAACGUAUUCCCAUCACAUUAUACAGUACUUGCUGCUGCAGGAGACUAUUUUAGGCUCUUUUGCAGUGGGUUACGUGAGUCCAUGGAGGAAGUGGUGUGUUUGCACGACAUGUCAUCAUGGGCGCUGGAAUCCCUGCUGAAGUUCACGUAUUCUGGAAAGUUAAAGCUCGGCUGGCAGAACAUCUGGGACCUUACAGAAGCAUCUGUGAAGUUCCAGCUACAAGGGGCACAAACACUCUGCUCUGACUUUUUACAAGAUCAUAUGAAUGAUGCGUCAUGUUUGGAAACUCAGACCAAACAACAGACCUAUGGGCUGGAGCAUCUUUGUAGGGCAGCAGAGAAGUACUCUUUAGCCCACUUUCAGCAAGUUUCAGAGAGAGAGAAUUUUAAAGAUCUGACCUGGAGGCGUCUGUUGGAGAAGGAUGAGCUGUGUGAACAGACUUACUGCCUGAAAUUAGUCUUCGUGAUUCCUCCUAUUACAGUGGUGGUGUUCAGGGCCUUAAUAAGUUGGGUUAAAGAGGAUAAGGAAAACUAGCUGGCAAAUUUACCAAGACUUCUCCAGAGAGUCCGCGUCCCACUAAUGAGUCUAGAAAAGGUAUGUUGAAAAGGCCUGAUGUGUCGGAAUGCAGAAGAAAGGGAAACUUUACAUAUUGUGAGAAAGCUCCUAGAAGGCAAUCAAGGAACAAUAGAAUAUAAACCAUGUACCCCAAAUCAGGUCCUGGUUUAGGUGGUAGGAGACAGUGUAAAUGACAACUUCGAGGGUCGAGAACCAAACCAUUCCCCGUUUGCUAAAUGCUUUUUAAAAGAAGAAGGACUUAUUCGGACUAUAGAAUGGGAACCUCUGAGAUUUUACAUGACAGGGCAGUAUCAAUGA